AUGAAGGCUUCUGUGUUUCUCACAACAGCUGCACUAUCCGUGACUGCACUUGCGCAUGGAGGCAUUGACAAGUAUAUUGUUGGUGAUAAAGUAUAUCAAGGUUGGGAACCAUACAACGACCCGGCCGGACAAAAGAGUAUACAGAGACAGUAUUCAUCCUAUGAUCCUCUAUUCAUCAAGGACCUCACGACUGUGAACAUACGAUGCAACAACAAGGGACUCUUAGGCACUGGUGUGACAGGCACCAUCGCCGCAGGCUCCAAACUGACAACCCACUGGAAGCAAUGGACUCAUAAGCCAGCCACAUUUAUGGUCUACAUGGCCAAGUGCCCCGGUUCAUGCGACAGCUGGGACGGCUCAGGCAAAGUCUGGUUCAAGAUCUUCGAGCAAGGUCUCAUAUCCGGGACCGAAAACGCCGGUGUCUGGGCCGGAGACGCCAUUUUCGAAACCCUCAACGCAACCAUCACCAUCCCAAACGUCUUAGCCGGGGAGUACAUGGUCAGACACGAACUCACUGCCUUACACCAGGCAAACAAUCCUCAAUUCUACCCAGAAUGCGCCCAAUUCACCGUCACAGGCUCCGGCACCGCAUCGCCUCCCGCAUCGUUUCUGGUGUCGUUCCCUGGCGCGUAUACGGGAAAGGAACCUGGUAUCGCGUUUAAUAUUGACUCGGAGGAGGCGAAGAAGGCAACAACGUAUCCUUUGCCCGGACCGCAGCUGUGGAAUGGUACUACUAGUGAUGGUAACGCGACGAUGCCUGGGUUGCCGGCAGCUUCGACGGCGGCGACAAAGCAGCACGGCGGUGGUGCUUCGGGGCGACUACGUCGGCAUGGGAAGUGUUAA